GUUUAGCCAUAGACUUGGCUCAAGCAUCACUUCUGGAUGAGUCCUUAGAAAAUAAGGCUGGAGCUAUCAUAAAGAAGAUGGCUGCCUUAGAGUUUCAUUUUCUUCCAUGUUUACCUGGACACAUCUGUUUUGUGGGCAGCGUUCACACCAGCGUCACUCUGACCUUUGUCAACUCUGCCGCCGGCCUAACCUCCGAUGGCAGAAAUAGGAAUUUCGCACUACACAAGACUGUUUACAAGUAACACUACUUUCCUUCCCAACACCACGAUUCCUCAUACCAAAGGCGGCAAGGCAGAGUCAGUCACAGCUCAUCCUGCACAGCUUCUCAGGACGGCGCACUGCCUCAGACUGCAGUGGCUGAUAAAUGGAGAAACAGCAAAGGACACUCCUGGACCCUGGCGAUAGUGGUAUGCAGCCCGUCCCACCACAAGAUAACCAAACAACUGUACUGUGCAGGGCACCAAUGCUCCAGCUUGUGCCCUAGCCUCUCCUACCAUGUCACAAACUCUAAGCAGAGACAGGAACCCGGGUUAAGUGUUGUGGCUUAGUACAUUUCCUGUUUCAAAAAAAAAAAAAAAAAAAAGAGCAGCAAAGAGAAGUCAUUCAAACGAGAUGUCAGUUGCAAUGUGUUAGCACCCAGUAACCCAGGGCUCACCCUUCUCCUUUCUGGCAUGGGGCUUAACUGAGGUCCGGGAGCAAAACAGGGCCUCUGAACAUCUGGCGAAUCCACCUAAGGGCUGCCCUUGCUGCGUAGAGGAAAGAACUUCACCAAAGCAGCCAGGAGAUCAUCACAGGUUGGUGUGUUGUGUGUGGAGCCGUGGACAAUAUGAUCAGUCAAACUGAGACGUCCCCGCGUCGGUGCAGGCGUCUGAGUGAGAGUUACGACGAGAAGUGUGAGCGCUGGCAACGGACCCGUGAGAGCUUGUGGAGGAGAAACAAUGUCACCACAUGUCGCCAUGUGAGGCAAUGUCGGAAAAAGGAGGCAGAGGAGCAGUCCCAGAGCCCCCGCCAGAAAGAGUUCCUGAAGAGAAGGAACUUAGCCACCGAAGAAGAAAAGAAACAAGUGAGGUUUCCUACUGGGACACCGGCAUCUCCGGGACUAGAGUGUGCAACAGGCACCCCCAAGGAAGCAUCCUCCUGGAUGGAUUUGAGGUCACCCACAUCCCUCCAGAACAACAGCUCCUCCAUGAUCCAUCACAAACAUCCCCAGCACAGUCUCAAUGAUCCUCGCACGCAGAACAACUGGCACUCCUGUGGCAUUUCAUCACAAAACAUCCUCCCCAAAGACAUCUCCAAGCUUAGCCGAGGCACUCAAACAUUAACAGAAUCUAGCGCAAUAAAGAAAAAUUCAAGCCAACAAACAGACUGUGGAAUAGCAGUGCUAGAUAAGGAAAUCAUUCAACUUUCUAACUACCUCAAGGAGGCGUUACAUCGAGAGCUGCUGCUGAAGCAGAAGAUGGUGAUUUUACAGGAGCUUUUAUCCACAUUGCUGCAAGCAUCAGAAAAAUCUUGGAAGGGUCAGCUGAAUGAAGACAAAUUAAAGGGUAAACUGAGGGCCCUUGAAAAUCAGCUUCACACCUGUGCCCAGAAUUACUCAAAGGACAGUGUGAAGAGAAUCCUGAUGGAGAUGGAGGACCAAAAGCAGACCUACGAGCAGAAAGCAAGAGAAGCUCUGCAGAAGCUGCUGGAGGAGAAACUCCAAGCAGAACAGCAGCUACAGAAUACUCAGAGGACCCUGGCAGUCACAGAAGACGACUGUGCUCUCUGGAAAGAACACUAUGACACAUUAAAAACAGAGUGGAGUGAGACAGCCACUAAUCACACUGAACUGGAGAACAAGCUCUAUGUUUUGCAGAACCAACUGCAAUGGGCAGACACCCAGAAUGAUCAGCUCCACCAGGCCCUGCGUAACUUGGAGAGUGAGCGUGAAGAUCUCUAUUCGAGAAUCGAGGCUCUACAAGCAGACAACCAGCUCAGAAUGGAGCACGUCAGUGCAAUGGAAGGUAAAUUGCAAAAUGAACAAAAGCAAAAGCUGGCGCUGGAGGUGACAAUCACUCGUUUGCACAACGAGUUACAGAACCAGUCCAAGGAGAAGGCGGCUCAGGAAGAGGUGGUAGUAAGAAAAGAUCAGGUUUUAACUAUGCAGAUCCAACCCCCCAGUCCAGUCAGAGAAAAACAAGAUGCUUUGUUAAAGCAUCCUGGCGACGAGGGAGAGGAAAAUCUGAAGGACCAGGUGCAGAAGAGGACAGCCCAACUCAUUGCAAAGGAAAAGGAGUGCGCAGAUCUCCGCUCUGAGCUGGAGGCCCUGAGCGACGAGUACCGCUCCUGCAUGACCAAGUUACGUCAGUGCCGAGACGAGCUCAAUCAGUUCCAGAGUAAACAGUCCAAAGUAGGAGUUCACUUUUACUGUGUCCAGUUACCUACUGCAAACAUCCUGAGCAGUUUGAUACCUUUGCAGGCGCCACGCUGGGGCUGGGCUUGGGGGAAAUUUGUUUCUCAGCUCUGUUCUACUCAGUUUCUUAUGCUGCAUGCAUCACUGGACUGUCUGGGCCCCCUCCAGUAGUACAUUAAGCAACAUGACUACACAUCCAUCACAUUGGUUCCUUCCUCUCCCCAGGAGCAGCAGAUCCAUGGGAGUGUCUCAUUUUGGUAGGACUUGUCUUUCUUUUAAAUACACAUUGCUACGUGUUUAUGUUAGAGAAAGCAAAGUCAAAAAGAAACACAUUGCACUUGGAGCAGAAGGUGGUGAGGUUUGUGAGGUCACCUGGACAACGGAGGAAAGAUAGCGCCUGUGUAUUUACACCAGACGUUAAAUUAAAAAUUUCCUUUUUGUGUACUGAUUCACUAAACACAUUUAAUUCUCUCUUUCAGAGACAAUGUGGCCACUGGAUCCCUCUCCUAAUGGUGGUGAUAGCAGCAGCCAUGGCGGCUUUCUUAGCCAAUUUUGUACCAUGAGAAUCCAUCAGUUUCAAUUACCUCAGCACAGCAACUGACUCAACUUUUUUCACUGUAAUGUAUAAAGAUUUUGUAGGGUUUUGGGGGGGAUAUUUUUGAGCUGGUCUCACUCCUCAACAAAUUCACACUGGUCCAAUAAAUGCGGUGAGAUCAUU